AAUUCGAUCGAACGAAAUAUGAUCGGUCAGUCGGAUUCAGCAAUCCGUAUACACACCCCCCUUCACCUCACCUACUCACCUCACCUACCCUGUCCAUGUAGCGCGGAAAGUGAGAGAAAUCAAUCCUAUUCUUCUUCUUCCUCCCCUUGCAUUUGUUCACCAAACCCCCCACCCCAUCCCCUCGGAUACUUCUACCUAAAUAAAUCAAAAGUCCAUGGCAAUGGCGACUGGAAUGGCUGCUGUCGCCUCCUCCUCAUCUUUCUACCCAAAUCAGACACCCACUUUCCUCUCUCCCCAUCCCACCGUUUCUCACCUCUUCGGAAUCUCCUAUUCAUCUUCUCACAAGUCGUCGCCGGGUCGGCUUCAAUUGAAGGUGGCUGCUACCGCCAAACUCGUCAUGGAUCAAAAAACUCAACCUUCUUCUCUCCCUACUACAGUUGAUGUUCAUUUGGGUGAUCGGAGCUACCCCAUUUACAUCGGAUCCGGGCUUCUCGACCAACCCCAUCUCCUUCAAAGGCACGUACACGGAAAGAGGGUUCUCGUGGUCACCAACACCAAAGUUGCGCCACUUUAUUUGGAUAAAGUUAUUCAUGCUUUAACAGUCGGAAAUCCUAAUGUUUCUGUUGAAAGUGUUAUCUUACCAGAUGGAGAGCAAUAUAAGAACAUGGAAACACUCAUGAAAGUCUAUGACAAGGCAAUUGAGUCACGGUUGGAUCGACGUUGUACGUUUGUUGCCCUUGGAGGCGGGGUUAUAGGUGAUAUGUGUGGGUAUGCUGCUGCAUCCUUUCUUCGUGGUGUUAAUUUUAUUCAAAUUCCCACCACUGUCAUGGCACAGGUGGAUUCUUCAGUUGGUGGUAAAACCGGAGUAAAUCACCGGCUUGGUAAGAAUUUAAUUGGCGCUUUCUACCAACCACAGAGUGUGCUGAUUGACACCGACACGCUGAACACAUUACCAGAGAGAGAAUUGGCAUCUGGGUUUGCAGAGGUCAUAAAGUAUGGCCUUAUUAGAGAUGCUGAGUUUUUUGCAUGGCAAGAGAGAAACAUGGAUGCUUUAAUGGCAAGGGACGCUAAUGCAUUGGCUUAUGCGAUUAAGCGUUCAUGUGAGAACAAGGCUGAGGUUGUAUCACUAGAUGAGAAGGAAAGUGGACUUAGGGCAACAUUGAACUUGGGUCAUACUUUUGGUCAUGCAAUAGAAACUGGUUGUGGCUACGGAGAGUGGCUUCACGGAGAAGCUGUUGCAGCUGGCACGGUAAUGGCUGUUGAUAUGUCAUACCGUCUUGGUUGGAUUGACAAAUCAGUUGUGGAACGAGCUAACAAGAUCUUAAAGCAGGCUAAGCUGCCCACUUGUCCUCCUGAAAAUGUGACUGUGGACAUGUUCAAGUCUGUCAUGGCGGUUGAUAAAAAGGUGGCAGAUGGUUUGUUAAGACUGAUUCUUCUGAAAGGCCCAUUAGGGAGUUGCGUUUUCACGGGAGAUUAUGACAGGAAAGCACUUGAUGAAACACUCCACGCAUUUUGCAAGUCCUGAAACCAAGUGUGGACUAUGUAUCCUUUCUUAUUUUUGGUAGUGAAAAUAUGUAUACAAAUUUGUGUGUGUAUAUUUUAAUAAAAACUUGUGGAUUGUCACCCAGGCCUACCCUCUCUCAAUAAAUCCGGUUUCCUUAC